CUAAUAAGCAAAGAUGAAAGAAAAGCUUUGGAGAUAAUAUCCACCAUUGGCUGUUCUGUGUCGCUAGUUGGAGUAAUUCUGACGAUAUUGAUUUACGCAUUGUUUUGGAAAAGACUUCAUAGAAACUCCAAGAGUAAAGUACCUUCCCAAGUGCUCAUGCAUCUCUGUGUUGUGAUUGGAAUGACAGAUAUCUUUGCUAUCUUGGCCGGACCCGCACUAAAAUACGAGGUGAAGCUCAGAAAAAAUCGUAAGCGUAUGGGCCUGAUACUUUCCCGCGCGGGGGAGCACUUGAAAGUUUUGUGGAAUAUUGUAGUGAAAUUACCUGAAUGCAACAUAUUUUUUGAUACAUGCAGGGACGCCGGAACGAUAAUAGGGCAAAGGGGGCGGCCGCACACCAAGGGCACCUUUAGUGAAAAAUUUUUUUUCACUGCAAAAUUUUUUGGCGCCCCCCCCCCCCAAAGCCAAAAUUUUUUCCGGAUAUCUUAAAUUUUCGCCAUUUCUUCAAAAUAUUUUUCUAAAUUCCAAAAAUUUCCCAAAAUUUUUAUAAAUAUAAACUAUAAAUUACCUGAAUCUCGUCAUUUUCCUACAAAAAGCAUCGUUGGAAAAGUGAUUUAUCACGUAUUAUUUUACAACUAAAAGGGCACUUCUGCCCCCCCCCCUGCCCCCCCUAGCAAAAGGCAAGGGGGCAGCCGCCCCCCCCUGCCCCCCAGUUCCGGCGUCCCUGGAUACAUGUGCCCGAAUUUUCUUCAUUUUUCCUAACAUGUGCCCGAAUUUUUUCAAUAUUUUUGGGGGGUGGGGUUGCCCCUUAGGUUCUAUAGUAUAUGCAAUCAUAACUUAUUUUGUUUCUUUCAUUUCUAGACAUUCUGUAUAGCUGUUUCCAUUCUAUUAUAUUUCUUUGUACUCGCUCUUUUUGGAUGGAUGCUAUGUGAAGGAAUUAUCAUUUACCUUCAACUCGUGAAAGUCUUCUCAGGACUGGGUUUGGGAGGAAAACAUCUGAAGGGAUUCUGUCUUAUUGGUUGGGGUAAGCAACAUCGGAAUAAGAUUUAUAAACCGUAUAUCGCAUGAACGUUCUUGGAUUGGUAUUAAAAUAUACUAUGAAGCAAAACAAAAUAUAAGUAUUAAAAUAGGAUUAAACUGGAGGGCACCUCAUACCUCUCCAGCGAAAUCAAGUUUUCAUACAGAAAUCAUGCAUAGAUGCAUUAAUUACGUGUUCAGAUCUUUCAACCCGGAAAAGUAAAACAAAGAUGUGAAUUAUUCAGAAAUUUUAUGAGAAUCUACAUUUUUACAGAAAGAUAUUUUUUAUGCUUAACAGUUAUUUGAAAAUUACACUAAUUGAAUAUCUAAAUUACUAAAUACCUGAUUUAUAUUCUGCAGCACUAAUUUAUUCUUAAUCCUGUCUGACUGUAACUACUUUGACUAUUUGGAAAAGACUUCAUAGAAACUCCAAGAGUAAAGUACCUUCCCAAGUGCUCAUGCAUCUCUGCCCGUGUCCCCACAACUAAGGCAACAUGGCGGGCUUGUUUUACAGCUAUCGCCUAUAUCGCAUUUUGCCGCUUAUAUUGGUUAUCCUUGAUCUGACUGCACGGGUUGGGCGGUCAACGGAAAGUAUUCUAUGUCACUCUGAUAAUGGAUCGGUGAUUGCUGCUAUAAGAUUAUCUUAUAAUUCAAAAUAUAGCAAAAUUCGUCGAGCUAUUGUGAAUUGGACAAAGCGGGGUCAUUUAUGUAUUUCCCUUCCAGAUAAUCGCCUUCCUAAAGACUUAUUUAUGUAUAACGAUGUUGAAACAAACCCUGGACCUCUAUCAAAUCUUCAACAAACAAAGAUAGAUAAAUCUAACUCUAGAUGUUGUGGCGAAUGCGAAAAGACCGUUCGAAGUAACCAAAAUGGCGUCUACUGUGAUAACUGUCGAAGACUAUUUCAUCUUAAAUGUACAGGUUUGUCAAGCUCAGGCUGCUCAGCUACAAACAUUUGGACCUGUUUCACCUGUGGAUUACCUCAGCUAUCGGACAGCUUUUUUAACUCCAGUCACAGCAGUGUAAACUCUAGUUCAACAAGUGAAUCUUCUGAUUUACUUCAGGACUUUGGUAUUAAAUACCUGCGAAAUCUUAAAAUCGGACACUUAAACAUUAAUAGCUUGGGCGGAACAAAGUUUCUAGAGAUUACUAAAAUUCUUCAUGAAAAUAUUCUCGAUGUGUUGGUCAUUGGUGAAACCAAAUUAAAUG